UCCCACCUUGCUCCAUCGGCCAGACACGUCGCGCCACCUCUGUCACAUAACACGAAACCAUUCUUCUAUACCAAACAACAGAUAGAGCACUAGAGCUGGUGUCAGAGAGGCAAACACAAAUGGCGUUCCACAGAACAAUGGCACGGUGCCUAUGGGCAGGCAAGAACGCGGCCGCUAGCGGCGCGGCCAUUCCCAAGCCUCCAUCUCCCCACCUCCCGGCACGGCGGUCUCUGCCGGCCGUGGACGACUGUCAGACGCUCGCAUUCCUGCGGCCGAGGCCGACCGCGGUCGGGUACGCCACCGCGACCGUCCCGCUCCCGGCGCACUGCUUCCCCGCCCUCCCCGUCGGCGACCACCUCUUCCGCCGCCUCCAGCUCGACGGGCUUAUACCUCCCGUGAGCACGGUAGCGCGGCCGCCGGAGGAUGUCGGCGUGACGGUGGAGCAGGCGAGGAAGGUGGCGAGGGCGGCCGAGAUGGAGGUGGCGCGGGCGAGGCUGAGGUCUAACGCGCAGAGCGUCGUGUCCGGGUCGGAGUUCGCCGCGCUCUGCGUCGACAUUGCCGGCGGCGUCGAGGGCGGCCGCAGGCUGGCCCGUGCGCUCGACGAGUCCGGCGGCGUCAUCGUCCUCGGCGACGUCGUCUUCCUCUGCCCCGACAUGGUAGCGAAGGCCAUCGGGAGCAUCCUCCCCGGGAAACAGCAGCAGCUGCAGGCGCCGCGAGCCGGAGACGGGAGCGAGGCGCGCAAGCGCGAGCUGGAGGCGAUGGAGGCGCAGAGGGCGGCGAUCGACGCGGCCGCGGCCGCGCAGGUGCGCCGCGAGCUGUGGUGCGGGCUGGGCCUGCUGGCGACGCAGACGCUAGGCUUCAUGCGGCUCACCUUCUGGGAGCUGUCGUGGGACGUGAUGGAGCCCGUGUGCUUCUACGUCACGUCGCUCUACUUCAUGUCCGGCUACUUCUUCUUCAUGCGCACGGCCACGGAGCCGUCCUUCGAGGGCUUCUUCCGGAGCCGCUUCGCGUCCAGGCAGCGCCGCCUCAUGCGGGCGCGCGGCUUCGACGUCGACCGCUACAACGCCCUGCGGAAGGGGCAGGGGCUGGGUCCUCUCGGCGACCCCGACGCGUGUAGGCACGUCAGCCAUGCACAAUAACAGCGCGUCGGCCCAGACUAGGUUGCUUGGCUUGUGGUGCCAGGAGGGCACAUGAGAUAAACGUGGCAGGCAUGGUCGACUCACCGUCUAAUCGUGAAGCAACAACUCUCCCGUAUCGGUUCAGGAGCACAAGCUAUUGUAGAAGAAGGCUUAUCGCUCUUCAGAACGGGAAGUGUUAUAAUUAACUAACGUGUGGCACCCGCCCCUGAUUCACACGAUCUCACACGCGUGUUUGAUUCAAGAAGAGAAACGUAUCAAGCACUCGAGGUUACCUGUUUGAGCAAAUUAGGUUACGAUCCUAGUGGCUUAGGUCAGGCACACCAAAGCCGUGGCGUAUGUGUCGUGUGUAUGCACGGAUGGCGUGAAAAACAUGUCGUCGACACACACAAGCACAAGCAUAAAACAAGAGUUCGUUAAAAGCCCCACGGCUUUC